AUGAACCUCUUCGAUUUGAUUCUCAUGCCUUUCAGCAAAGCGCCUACCUCAGAACCACAAAGCCAUGUCUGGGAUCCAGAGACUGUGACCAUGCAACAACCAACUGCUCCUGAAGCUCCCAGCACAAAAGCUUCGACAGCGGCACCGGAAUCCUCAGAUGUGAACUUGCGAGGAGGUGGUGAAGCAGGAGAAAUGCUGCGGACUCAUGUGCUUUGA